GAGAGAGGGGAUGGAUGCGAGGCAGAGGCGGCUGUGACAGAAGCUUGCGCUGCAGCUGUAGUCUAGUCAGGACCCCCCGAACAACGCAUCUCUCAACGAUACGCCAGUAAUCAGCGGCUUAUUUGGCAUUCUGCACGUGUUGGAAUUACGCGAGAAUUCAGGAGCGCAGAGCGAUGUGGGAGACAGCUUGAAGAAAACGUCGCUUUUUGGUUUAACUGAACAAACCAAGGGGUAAGCUAUAAGACUGUUUCUCUAUCCGCGGUGCUGUCCUUUUGCUACAUCGGUAAAAAAGCGAUCCCAACGUGCGAGUUUGUUAUUUUUUGGAGCGUGGAGCGUGCACACCAACUCGGUAUUAUAACCAGAAGAGUGCGAGGAGGAGAGGACAACGUUGGCAGCUGUCCAUGCGCGCUCCAAAGCCGGGCUAUUUAUUAUGGAUGUGUGACCCCAGCUGAGGUAUUGCCUACUACAACACAUGCUUAUUCAUCCUUAUAGACGCCCCUUUUAAAAAAAAUAAACGAUACGAGCGCGCUUUGGAGGUUGGUUUCCUUGUAAAAUGAUCUGGAUGUUUUGGUUUUUGGCCAGCUGUCAGUGACGCAACCUCUUUCCCCAGACUGCAUGAGAAACCCAGGCAGGGCGUGAACUCGCGGAGCCCUUUUAUUUGAGCAAAGCUGUAGUUUGUCACACUUCAUCUCUCAAUAGAGUUCAUUUUCGCACAGCCAUGGAUAUCAAGGCAGAAGCGGAGGAGAUGGAGUACAAGCGCCCGGCUCCGAUUGAAGUUUUCGCCAGCCGUUCCACGCUGCACGGCAUCUCGCACAUGUUCACGUACGAGCGGGUGUACAUCAAGCGAACCCUGUGGAUAUUAUUCUUCCUGGGCUCACUGGGGGUGCUGGCCAUGGUGUGCGUGGACCGCGUGCAGUUUUACUUCCAGUACCCCCACGUGACCAAGCUGGACGAGGUGGCCGCGGCUCUGAUUCGGUUCCCCGCCGUCACCUUCUGCAACCUCAACUCGUUCCGCUUCAGCCGGGUGACGCGCAACGACCUGUACCACGCCGGGGAGCUGCUGGCCUUGCUCAACGGCAGGUAUGAGAUCCGGGACACUCACAUGGUGGAGGAGAGCGUGCUUCAGGUUCUGAAGGAGCGUGCCGACUUUGACAACUACAAGCCCCGCCCCUUUAACAUGCGUGAGUUCUACGACCGCACAGGCCACGACAUCAAGGACAUGCUGCUGUCCUGCUACUUCAGAGGAGGCGAGUGCAACGCCGAAGACUUCAAAGUGAUCUUUACCCGUUAUGGUAAAUGCUACAUGUUUAACUCGGGUCAGGACGGGAAGCCCCCCCUGGUGACCAUGAAGGGGGGCAUGGGCAACGGACUGGAGCUCAUGCUGGACAUCCAACAAGACGAGUACCUGCCUGUGUGGGGCGAGACUGAUGAAACUUCAUUUGAAGCUGGGAUCAAGGUUCAGAUCCACACUCAGGAUGAGCCCCCGUUUAUCGACCAACUGGGCUUUGGAGUGGCCCCAGGCUUCCAGACCUUUGUGUCCUGUCAGGAGCAGAGGCUGACGUACCUGCCUCCUCCCUGGGGCGACUGUAAGGCCUCUGCCAUGGACUCGGACUUCUUCAGCACCUACAGCAUCACAGCCUGUCGCAUAGACUGUGAGACCCGCUACCUGGUGGAGAACUGCAACUGCCGCAUGGUGCAUAUGCCAGGAGAUGCCCCAUACUGUACCCCUGAGCAGUACAAGGAGUGUGCAGAUCCAGCCUUGGACUUUUUGGUGGAGCGGGACAAUGACUACUGCGUGUGCGAGACUCCGUGCAACUUGACGCGCUACGGCAAAGAGAUGUCCUUCGUCAAGAUCCCCAGCAAAGCCUCGGCAAAGUACCUGGCCAAAAAGUUCAACAAGACUGAACAGUACAUAUCUGAAAACAUCCUGGUUUUGGACAUCUAUUUUGAAGCACUAAACUACGAGACCAUUGAACAGAAGAAAGCGUAUGAACUGGCAGGUCUUUUGGGUGACAUUGGUGGUCAGAUGGGUCUCUUCAUUGGCGCAAGUAUCCUCACCAUCCUUGAACUCUUUGACUAUCUUUAUGAGGUGAUCAAGUACAAGCUGUGCAGGUGUGUGAAGAAGAAACACAAGGGGCGCAACAACAACGACCGAGGAGCUGUGCUGAGCCUGGAUGAUGUCAAACGCCAUGCUCCUUGCGAGAACAUGCGCACACCAUCUUCAUACCCGGGCAACAUGCUACCUCACCACCCGGCGCAGGCUAACUUUGAAGACUUCACUUGUUGAACCUCUCACGAGAACGGCUCAAAUCUACAAGUGCGAGUUAUGCAACCAAAGUCAACAAUACCAGACUAUACUGUAUCUACUAUGGAGUGGAAAUACUGACUGAUGAGACACUUUUUACACAGAGAAAUGGACAAAUAUUGAACAAAUUUAAGAGGAAGAGCCCAAAUGAGAAAAAAAAAAUACAAAAUUAUUCCCGUAAGGUUUGCAGCAUUGUAUACUGUGGAGCACUGCCGCAAAGGACACUCUCUAAAAGACACUUUGCCAACGAAAAUAUAUUGAAAAUGUACAGAUCCAUCAUGCCUUUAUGUAAAAAACAUCGUUGUUUCCGGAACACCGUGGAACAUUCGGCCAUUUUGCUAACUCACCUGUAGCAACAUCUGUACGCCAUUCAAAAGCUGGACUCCUGUGUAGUCAGUGAGAAUGUAUCCUUGUCCGCAGUUGCAGUUAAAAAUGUGGGACUAUUUUUUUCGGGGAAGUUCUCUAGUGGUGACGUGGUAGAAGUGCUUCAUCAAGACCAUUUUUAACAACAUACAAUGGUGAAAAUAUCAGGUAUCAUCUAAUGCAUGCUUGUAUUUGUCCAAGUGCAUGUUGUUUUUUCCAUUCCAUUUUGAUUUUAUGGUUUUGUUUUAUUAUUUUAUAGAGGAUUAUCAUAUUACCAAGUUUGCCUCAAUGGUAUACAGGAAAAGGUCAAAUCAGUGACAUCCCAUAUUAUGUUUGGACUGAGCGUGAAUGUGCCAACCUCUGAAUGAAUGACCUGCAUUUAGCAAAUUUUAAAAUCAUUUUGUAGUUUUUACUUUUACAAUCUUUUUCAAAGCUUCACCCGGAUUUUACAAAAGCCAUUUUCACACUACAUGAAAAAGUGGUAAAGAUUGGAAUUUUUUUGUCAUGUUGUUAGCUUAGCAAGAUGGACAAUGUGUUUAUCUGAUUGGUUAAUCCAUUCGUCAUUCAUGCCAAUCGGAACUUUGUAUAGAAUUGGAAAGGUAAUACUGAAAAAGCAGCCUUAAACUGUUUGUGCACUUUUUGUGUUUCUCAAAGGUGCAAUUUUGAAAGCAGAACUCUGUAACUUGUCUUUUUAAUUUUUGACCACUCUUGCCAUAAGAAAAAUGGACAAAUAAAGCCAUUACUAGCUUGUUUUCUGGCUACAAUUUUUACAAGACCGAAAACUUCAGGGAUACUAGGUCGUUACAUGUACUUACCCAUGUACACAGAAUCAUUUCAAUAACCCACAAAAACACCAUUACACAAACUCCCCAACAAAUGACUUAAGGUAAAAAGUGACAGAGUUCUGCUUUAGUAGUUGUAGUAGCCUUACAUAUUUAAAAUUAGCCAAAACAAUUCAGGUCAAGAGAUUUUAUUAUGAUGCAGUUCAGUGACACAAUGUGUAAUAGACACGAUUAUGACAAAUAUAUUAAGUUGGACAAGUUCAACAAUGGACUAUACAGUCACAUGACACUCAAGAGUCUCGCCCACUUCAAAGCCCAUAGACUUUUUUUUUUUUUUUCAGACAUUAUUUGAAAUUUAAAAGCUUUGCAAGUGGUAACCAGCUAUGUGCUAACUAAUGUUUAGAACAUGUUUUAAAGGCACAUCAGAGUUUCACUAAAAUGUUGAAAACAGAACUAGUUCAUUUUAAGGUAAGGCAAGUUUAUUUGUACAGCACAGUUCGUACACAAAGUAAUUCAAAGUGCUUUACAGAAUAAGAAAGACUUUAAAAUCACAAUACAGCAAAUCAAAACAAUAAUAAUCAUAAAUAAUCAUCAUAAAAUUAACAUUAAAAGAGAAGACUGCAGAAUAAAAACUUUUCAGUCAUAUGCACAGCUAAACAGAACUGUUUUGAGCAAAGUUUUGUUGUGAAAGGAAACCUAACAACUCUUAGCAUGCUAAUGUGCACGUCUUGAUUAUCGGACAAUAAAAAGCUUUAUAAUAAGAUGCAGACAGCAUGCAGCUGACCUCAAGAGCCGCUUAUAAGAUAUCCUAUAUCCUGUACUGGGUCAAGAUAUAUUUUAUUCGGAAAAAUCAAGUACUCAAAAUUAGGUGAAAUAUUUCAAUAACUUAGGUUAGUUAUAGAUCUUGUGGUUAUUAGUUAUAAGCUGCAUGGUUACUAGUUACCACAUAGCUGAUUAGCCCCGCCCCUGAGCAAGCUUUCAAACUUUUUUUUUUUUUUUUUUCAGAAAGUCUAUGGGCAAAAUGAAUGAGAAAUGUACUUUCAGAACCUAGUGGUGGCCUGUCACUUUUGAACUCCAUAGAUAAUGAUCUUUUAAUUUCAGUUAACACAUUUUGGAUUAAAUUUGGACCAUCUACAUCUAAAAUUCAGCUAAAUGAGAAAUCAGAAACUUGAGAUCAUAUUGAUCACAUUGCUAUUUCACAUAUAAGCCAGUCAGACAGUUCACAGUGUUUUUUUGAGUACAAAUUAUGGACAGAAUACAUAUAAACCCAAGUGUCACUGAGAACAUAACUAUUAGUAGCUUAUAUCUUGUUUGAGUUUAACGCCAGGAUAAGGUGCAAGUUGAAAGUUCUUGAAUCUAUUGUGUGGCUUACAUUUCUGUAUCUGUGUUAUUCUAGUCGCUAAAGUCUUAUCAAAGCACAAUACCGCCAUUAUGUAAAGGUGACGUAAAAGAAAAUGUACUAUUCUUAUUGAUAUAUUACCAUAUAAUUAAUAUCGUGUUGAGAAGACUGUUUACUUCCUUCUGUUGCGUUUUUCUUUGGUAUAAAACAUAUUUGAUAAUGCCUGAUAGACUGACUCCAUCUCCAGGUCAAAGGCUGGUCUAUUUAGUUAUAUCAGAGCAUAAAUAAAAUGUAAAUAUCAUUUUGAAA